ACAAAAUCUAUCACACAAAAUCACCUAUUUUCUCCUACUUUUUGCAUUUAUAUUUGUAACUAAAAAGAUGAAGUCAUUUGUUGCAACCUUCACAAUCAUGGGACUUGUAAUCUUGAGUUCAUCUCUCCUUCAAAUCACCAUGGCUGAUUCAAGUUUUUGUGACUCCAAGUGUGCAGUGAGAUGCUCGAAAGCAGGGUUACAAGAUAGAUGUUUAAAGUAUUGUGGGAUAUGUUGUGAAGAGUGUAACUGUGUGCCUUCUGGGACGUACGGACACAAAGACGAAUGUCCUUGUUAUAGGGACAAGAAGAACUCUAAAGGCCAGCCAAAAUGCCCUUAAUACCCUUAUCACGGGACAUGAAAAUUUCUAAUGAGUGGAUGCCACUAUUAUAUAUUUCUUAUUCAUCAUCAUAUGAUCUCUAUUGAAUUAUGUGUACUUAUGAAUAAAGUUUUCUAUAAAAAAGAAAGAUAUGCAUUUGUAUACCCA